UCCGUUGUUGUUCGCGAGCACGUUUUCGCUUAGUCGUUGUUGGUCGAUCGACAGAGCAGCCAGCAACAUCAGUGUGUGAUCGAUCUUUGUUCUCGCUGUGCGUCGCCACAAUCCUUAUCGCUCAAAGCACACACACGGUACGGAACGCGGUGGGCGUCCAAAAUGAAGUCCCUAACAAUCGUUGCCGUGUUCCUGCUGCUCGCCGUAAUCCACACGAUACAAGCCGUUAUCUACGAGAAACAUUGUCUGAUUUUUGAAGAGUCCUACGAUUUCGACGAAAGCCGGUAUGCCGGCAAAUGGUACGAGAUGCGCCGUCUGUACGAUCCCAACGUCGUCGAGCUGGAGGACUGCGUGCAGGAGCAGUACAGUAGGGCGGAGGGUAGCCUUGAUUUCGAUAUCUUACGAGCAGCGCAGGAAGGCCCCACCGGGGAGGUAGUCUACUCGACCGGCACUGCGACGCCCAAGGUGUUCCACCAUGCCAAGGUGCCGCAGUUUAUUUUGCGUUACAAUACAACGGAUCCGGCUGAUCCAGAUACCGCCUUGGACAUUGUUAAAACGGAUUAUCUCAACUAUGCUAUCGUGUAUUCCUGCAAUCCCGUCAAUACGACAAUGGUUUCUGAAUCCGCUUGGGUCAUCUCUCGGGAUCCUGUACUGAAAAAGCAUACUGCCGAUUUGAUCAACAAGUUCAUCGAGAAGCAUUUCAACCAUCCGGAGCACAAGUGGCGCACCACCGAACAAUCGGCCAAAACUUGUAAGCCGAAUAUCCUCCCCAGCAGCGCUGCUAUACGAAUCUCGCUGUUCGGUAGUUUGCUACAGUUUUGCGUUGCAUUAAUGGCAGUUAAAAUGUUCUUAUAAGAUAAUUCAGUAAAUGACGUCUGAUGAAACAUAGUCAUACUUGGGAAUCUCAUUGUACAAUCUAUGCGUUAGAGAAGUGUUUGAAGUCGAGCAUGAUUUAAAUAAAAUUAAGUAAAGAAAGA